UAAUCCGCAAGCCGCAACGCAACCAGACUCUUUUCGCUUGUCUGGCUGUGGUGUUCGCGGCAAGCAUCAAGACUGACAAGCGCAGUGCGCCCGCCUGGGAGCCCUGGCCAGCACCCGCCUGGCCCUCUUGGGGACCUGCGGGCUGGCCGGACAGCGGCUCCGACGUGGCCGGCGCGGUGGCCGCGGCCAAGUCGGCUGCAGCAGCCGUGAUGGCCGCGCAGCAGCAGGUGGCCGCCGCCAAGCACGUGGCCGUCGAGCAGCAGAGCGUGGCCAGUGCCAAGGAGGCCGCGGCCGCCCAUGCUGCUCAUAAGAGCGAGGAAGCAGCGAGCGCGGCCCGCGCCCAAGCCCUGGCAGCAGCACAAGCCGCCGUCAACGCGCAGGCCCAACUAGCAGCCGCCAAGGCCCGAGCGGCCGCGGCCCAGAAGAUCGCCGCAGCCAGGGAGGCGGCCGCGGCCAGGGCUAUACAUUCUGCCGCGCAUAAGGAGGCCGCUAGACUGCAGAAUGCUGACCUGGAAGCAGUAAAGUUGUCGGUGCUGCAAAGCUCCGGAGCAGCGGGAGCAGCGGGCGCGGCCCACCACGCCGCCACCGCCGCCGCGGCCGCGCUCUCCCCGCCCUGGAGCCCGUGGCCCGCGCCCACCUGGGCCCCUGCUCCGUGGGCCCCUGCGCCCUGGGCGCCCCGCUGGCCUUAGGGACUCCGCUGACU